UGCAAAACAUGCGACGAAGAGACCACACGAGAUGUCAACAAAAACUCUCCUGAAAAUGCUGCUGUCAACUCGAAUAAUAAAGAGCUAAAUUUUACCAUUGACCUCUAAAAUCGACCGAUAUCUUCCUUUCAUGAGAAUUUAACAAGGAACUCACAAUGGCAGAGGGAAACACUCUUUCCGGUGUAAAUGUUGUGCUUGUUAUGGCCUACGGGAGCUUGGUGUUUGUGCUGCUGUUCAUCUUUGUGAAAAGGCAGAUUAUGCGCUUCGCUAUGAAGUCUCGCAGAGGACCCCACGUCCCGCUGGGCCACAACGCACCAAAGGAGCUGAGAGAGGAGAUUGAUUCCCAUUUGUCAAAAGUGAACGACAUUCGUUAUGAGCCACAUCUACUCUCUAAAGAUGACGAUCGACUGAAGCAUCAAGGCCAGAAUGGUUGUUAUAAUUACCUCUUCAGAAUGCAAACAUUAGAUGCUAUCAGAGACUCUGAUAUCCCGUUUCAUGAGUUAUGUUGCAGUGCCAGCGCUCUGACCGGCCGCCGCUACAGGAAGUGGCUGCAGGACCUGCGAAACUCUCACUCUCUGUUCAAAUCAAGUCACAGUGCAUUAAUAGAUCGCUUACUGGAGGGCUACGACAACGCUCGCCAUGGGACAGGGGUGUUUGGUGAGGCAGAGUUUGUGAAGUAUAAGGAAGAUCUGGCAGAACUGUCUGCUGUUGUGAAGACCCACUCCAGCACCACCAGUCUAAACCAGCAGCACCAGUCAGCAGCUAAAGAUCUGACCAGCUCCCCCGGCCCGUCGUCUGCCUCUACCAUUCAGGUCACGUACCUGCCGUCCACCGGACAGCGCAGCAAGAGACCCAAACACUUCCUGGAGCUCAAAAACUUCAAAGACAACUAUAAUACACUGGAGAGCACACUUUAAAGAAUGGAACCCUUUUGAGGAACUGUGUGAAAUAUAACUCAGAAACUGUGAAUCAGAAGUGUUCAGUGCUCACUGGAAAAGCCUUCAUGUAGAAAUGAAAGCAGUGGGAGAUGCAGUCAAAUGGCCUCAAAUCACAUUGAGAAUGUGAGAAUGACUUAAUAUAUGACAAAAUCUGUGGGAUAAAUGUCAGUGCAACUGCUUUGAGAGCAAUGUGAGAAUUAUAUGUUUGUAGUUUUAAUGUUUUUCUGAUGGAGCUAACAAGAAGCACAUUUUUGUUUUAUCUUAAAAGUCACUGUUUACCAGAUUUUAUUUGAGAAAUUGGCCUUUUAGUGUGAACAGGGAGUGUAAAGUUUAUAUCUUUAUUGUCCAAAGAGCACCAACAAAGCACCCUUUAGCUGAGAUGACAACAUUUUAACUGGAUUGACUUCACUGGAACAAACACAUGGAUUAAAAUAGCUGAAUGGACAUUAAAGGGACAGUUCACCCAAAAAAAUCAUCAACAUGUUCCAAACCUAUGACAGUUUCUUCUGUUGUUACAAAAGAAGAACAUUUGAAGAAUGUUGGUAACAAAACAGUUGACUUCCAAUGUUUGUUUUUUUUUUGUUUGUUUUUCAUGCUAUGUAAAUCAAUGGCUACUGUCAGCAUUCUUCAAAAUAGCUUUUUUUGUGCUCAACAGAAGAAAGAAACCAACAGGUUUGGAACAGCUGAGGGGGAGUAAAUGAUAGAAUUUGCAUUUAUGGGUAAACUAGCCCUUUAACUAUCCAAUUUUAUACUAAGGCUACUUAAAUUUGAGGUUUCUAAAUAAGAACCAUCCAUAAGAAGAGCUGUGCAGAGGACAAGAAAUUGGGAGAGAACAAAUGUUAACUUCUGUGCUAUUGAUUAUUUCUUUUUAAGUGCAAUUUUAAUUUUUAAAUGAGUUGAUGUAAAUGUGUGUAUAGGUUGAAAAGUGUGGUUUGAGUCAUGAAUUGAUACGGUUGUUGUAUUGACUUUCACUGUAUUCUAAAGUCUUAUCAGAUCUAAUGAAGUGUCUGCGUCAUCUGUACCUGCGCUGCUCUGCCAGUAGUGGUCUCCACUAAUCAGUCACUGGUUCGGUAUGUAAUCCAGGGCUGUUCCUGGAGAUCUACUUACCUGUCCAGUUCAGUGCAGCUCAAACCCUGCUCCAGCACACCUGUCUGCAAUUAUCAAGUGCUUUCGAGGAACUCAAUUAGCUGGUUUAGCUGGUGCGUGUUUGAUAUGGGUUGGAGCUGAACUUUCCUGGAAGGUAGGUCUCCAGGAAUAGGACUGGGCUCCCCUGAUGCAAUCUAUUCAUUUGAGGUUUUUUCGACUCCUUAUAUAUUAUAUAUACUGUAUGAGCUUCAAUAUCAUAGAGAGCUGUUUCAGAACUUUAAUAUUUCUUAAAUAGUUUAUGCAUACAACACACAAAUGUUCAAAAGUUUGUUUUUUUAAAUGAUUGUUUUUGUCUUAUGCUCACCAAAGCUGCAUUUGUUUGAUUAAAAAUACAGCACAACAGUAAUAUUGUGAAAUAUUGUUCCAUUUUAAAGUAACUGUUCACUAUUGUAAUAUACUGUAAAAUGUAAUUUAUUUCUGUGAUGCAAAGCUGAAUUCUCAGCAUUAUUACUCCAGUCCUCAUUCUUCAGA